CAAGUUCAAGGUGUAUCCCAUCGUGAGUCAGUAGCGUGGGCAGCUGAAAAUUCUAUUUAAAUCUCUACUGAAACGUGGACAACGUAGUCUCGCGAGCACUGCGGCGCGCGCCUGCAACGAACUUCUCAUUCCUCGAAGAUGUCGAUGGUCCCCAUGAUGUUUCGCGAUUGGUGGGACGACUGGGAGCACCGCCCGUCGCGGCUGUUCGACCAGCACUUUGGCAUGGGCCUGCGCCGCGACGACCUGUUGUCGUCUCUGUCGACCUUGCCCUCUUCAUCCCUCUUCAGAAACUCGUACUUCAGGCCUUGGAGGACGAGCCUGACGAGGCAGGAGUCGUCCUCCACUAUUAACCUUACGAAGGAAAAGUUCGAGGUUAUCCUCGACGUCCAACAAUUCGCGCCCGAAGAGAUCACAGUAAAAGCCAGCAACAACUCCAUUUUAGUGGAAGGCAAACACGAAGAGAAGCAAGACGAGCACGGCUAUAUCUCCCGCCAGUUCACCCGCCGCUACAUCCUCCCCACUGGCUACGAAGUCGCUGACCUCGUCAGCACCCUGUCUUCCGACGGUGUGCUCACCAUCACGGCUCCCAAGCGCCCCCUCCCGUCUGCUGGGGAAAGGAUUGUCCCUAUCACGAAGACCGGCCCUGCGAAGCACCCUGAACCACCCAAGCAGGAACAGCACCAGCCCCGCGAACAGACCGUACCAAUCGUUACAUCUCCCUAAAUAUUACAAACAGUUGACAACCCUAUUAGCAAAUUGAUAUGAACAGACUUCGCUUCAAUGUUCAAUUUUAUGUUAUAUUGAAGUGAAGUUAGCUGCAGAUCUAGCGAGCAUUUUAUUUAGGGCUGUCUUUUGCAUUCUUCCUCUUUUCCAAUAACAACGAGAAGCAUUGUGUUAACACGUAAAUGCAAACGAUCGAAUAGCAUUUAAGGAUUAAAUCACGUUGUUGGCCAACAACGAGACGAUUCGAAUUAACGAAUUAGGCUUUUUUUUAAACAAUGAAAAAUGUAAUUACUGAAGUUUUAAUGUUAAUUAAAUAAUUUAAUAAACGAAUUUAUAUAUUU